AUGGGCGGCGGCGCAGUAGCUUUUGGUGCUUCAGGAACCGAGUCCAAUUACAAGUUAGUCCGAAAUAAUGCCAACAGCAAGUGGUGGCUAGAUGCUGGUCUGCGGAAAAAUGUGUUCCAUUGCAUCGGACUCUGUGGCACACUCUUCUUCAAUGGCUAUGACGGAAGUCUGUUCAACGGCCUUCAGACGAUCGACGCGUGGCAAAACUUCUUCGGCCAUCCCAAAGGAAAUCUGCUCGGUCUGAUGAACUCAGCUGCGCUGUUCCCUGGGUUGAUAUCUCCGUACUUUGCUGAGCUGAUUGCGAAUCGAUUCGGAAGACGAUGGGCCGUUUGGAUUGGUGUUCUGAUCAAUAUAGCUGGGGCUGUAGUCAACUCUGCGGCAAUCAACCUUGGCAUGUACAUUGCCGGACGUGUCUUGAUGGGCAUUGGCAUCUCCAUGGGGCUCACCAUUGCACCAACCCUACUGCAGGAGAUCGCGCAUCCUCGCUAUCGAGCCCAGAUUGGUAGCAUGUAUACCUGCAUCUACUAUAUUGCCGCUGUCAUUUCUGCUGCUGUCUGUCUCGGCGCCAGACAUAUUGAAGGAAACGCUGCGUGGAGAAUCCCCUGCUAUUUGCAGCUCGUUGGCCCAGGCGUGACUCUGGCCAUGACCUUCACGAUGCCUGAGUCCCCGAGAUGGCUAGUUCGACACGGUGCCUCCGAUGAAGCUUUACAAGUCCUUGGAAAAUACCACGCAAAUGGCGACAUCAACGACCCCCUUGUUCGGCUCGAAUACGAGGAGAUAAUGGAAAACGUCCGUGCCGAUGAGCUCAAUUCCGAGACCAAGUACACCGACUAUCUCCUACCGAAAAACCGGCCGCGUCUCUUCCUGCUUGUUGCGAUUGCGAUAGUUAUACUGUCAACGUCGGCAGCGCUUUCUGUUGAUCGCGUCGGGCGCAGGCCUCUCUGGCUCACCUCAACCAUCGGCAUGUUCUUUUCGUUCAUUGUCGUCAUGGGGCUUUCUGGAGCUUAUGACACUCAAGGGCAGCAAAAGGCAGUGGGCCUUGCCGUUGUCCCGUUCUUGUUCGUUUUCUUCGGCUUCUAUGACCUCGCAUGGACCCCACUGUCAAACAUGUACUCGGUUGAGAUCCUGCCCUACAACCUACGCACCAAAGGACAGGCAAUCUACAACAUUGUUCAAGGAUCUGCUAAUGCCGUCAACCAGUGGGUUAACCCAAUCAUCCUCGACGCUAUCCACUGGAAAUACUAUGCGGUGUACAUUGGCAUUCUGGCCCUUUACUGCGUCAUUAUUUACCUGCGAUUCCCGGAGACGAAGGGACUUACCAUUGAGGAGAUCGCCAUCAUCUUUGAUGGCGACAGAGCCAAGGGUAUUAACCAUGCUGCGCGUGGGGUCCGAGAUGAGCCUCACAUCGUCGGUGAUGGUCAUUCAAUUCGAUCUGAGCAUGCGGACGACAUCUCCAUCAAGCAGAACGGUAUGAGUGGCAAGGGAAAUGGCAACGUCACUGCCUCUGAGCAUGCAUGA